AUGGCCGAAUUUAUGGAGAAGUCUGUUUUGGGCGACCAUGAGCCCGUCGACAAGGAAGCCUUGGUGGAGGAAGGAGUUGCGAGAGAGAUUGGGCCUGGAGAGCUGGAGUACAUUCCAGACGAUCCAAAGACCGAACGCCUCCUCACCACCAGAAUGGACUUCAAAGUGAUACCGAUCCUGGGGCUUCUGUAUCUGAUUUGCUUCCUCGACCGAACCAACAUCGCCAAUGCUCGUCUAGCAGGUCUCGAGAAGGGCUUGAAUAUGCCAUCCACCGGGUUCAACACUGCAUUAUGGAUUUUCUACAUCCCCUUCGUCCUGGCCGAAGUCCCCAGCAACAUGAUGAUGAGUCUUCCCUGGAUCAAGCCAAACCUGUUCCUAGGAGGUCAAACAUUCAUCCUGGGCGUUCUCGCCAUGUGUCAAGGCCUCACUCAUUCGUACGGAGGACUACUGGGCGUCCGCUUCCUGAUGGGUAUUGUGGAGACGGGUCUUCCAGCUGGAGCUGGCCUGCUCAUUGCCUCGUACUAUCGAAAGAAGGAGCUGAGCUUGCGGUUUGCACUGUUCUUUGCGUUUGGUCAAGCAGGUUCUUGCUUCAGUGGGCUUCUCGCCUACGCGAUUCAAGGCAUGGACGGAGCCGCCGGGCUCGCAGGUUGGAGAUGGAUUUUUGUCAUCGAAGGCCUGGUGACCAUCUUCUUCAGCAUCUUCGUCUUCAUCUUCACCCCUCACUUCCCCGGCAAGGACAAAUGGAUCAGUGAGCACGACCGGGCCAGACUGCUCGCUCGCCUCGAGGCGGACAAGGGCAAAGAGUAUUCCAACCAAAAGCUCGCAAACAACAAGAAGGUCCCCUGGACAAAGGUCGUCUUUGACUACAGGAUUUGGCUCAUGACCUUGUUGUUCUUCUGCUCCGACAUGUCGGCCGGCUCCCUCUCGAGUUUCAACCCCACCAUUCUCAGUCAGUUGGGGUGGAAGGCCCGACGCGCUCAGGUCAUGACCAUCCCAGUCUGGAUUGCCGGCAUUGUGGGCGCCCUCGCCUCGACACUCGCCAGCGGCCGCUUGAACAAACGCUGGCCCUUUAUCCUCCCUGCAAUUGUCGUUUCCAUCAUUGGUUGGACGCUCCACGUCACGUACCAAGCACCCGGCGUGCGGUACUUUGCCCAGUUCAUCAUCUCCGUGGGCACAUUCAUUCAAAUGCCGCUGUACAUCGGUCUCCUCACUGCAAACCUACGCGGCAGAGCCUACUUGUCCUUUGGAACUGCCAUUCAGCUGGGGUUGGGCAAUUGUGCCAACUUCGUAUCCUCGAACGUCUUCAUCACCACGCAGGCACCUCACUACCCUGUCGGGUUCGGCACGGGGUUGGGCAUUACUUGCCUGUCAUUCCCUGUCAUGUUGCUGGUCAUUUUCUUGUUCAUCCGUCACAACAAGAAGAUUGAUCGAAAGUUGGCUUCCCUAGCACCAGGAGAGGUGUUGGACGACCAGAUCGAUUACAAGUAUGUUUACUAG